CUCCCCCCCAGGAACCAGUGGUGACAGCUGAGGCCAUGUGAGUAGGAUCCUGAAUGAGGCUUUAUCUCUGGCUGUUCGUCCCAUCGUCCACCGUGGCACCAGCUCCCCCAGCCAGCCGGGAUGGGACCAGCGACUGAGACAGCCAGAGGCAGAGAGGUGAGGGUGACCAUAUCCUGGACUGUGAGAGGAAUGGGACUCUGGGCCUGUAGCUGCCAAGCAGGUGGCAGGUGCUCCAGGCUGUGAUCUGCACCCUGUGACCCCCGACAUUGACCUCCUACCCUGACCCCUGCCUGACCAAGCCAUGUCUGAACAGGAGGGUCAAGCCCCAGGGGGCCGGGGGCUGCCCCCGGAUAUGCUGGCAGAGCAGGUGGAGCUGUGGUGGUCCCAGCAGCCGCGGCGCUCGGCGCUCUGCUUUGUCGUGGCCGUGGGCCUCGUGGCAGGCUGUGGCGCGGGCGGUGUGGCACUGCUGUCAACCACCAGCAGCCGCUCGGGUGAAUGGCGGCUAGCAACGGGCACUGUGCUCUGUUUCCUGGCUCUGCUGGUGCUGGUGAAACAGCUGAUGAGCUCGGCUGUGCAGGACAUGAACUGCAUCCGCCAGGCCCACCAUGUGGCCCUGCUGCGCAGUGGUGGAGGGGCCGAUGCCCUCGUGGUGCUGCUCAGUGGCCUCGUGCUGCUGGUCACCGGUCUGACCCUGGCCGGGCUGGCCGCUGCCCCUGCCCCUGCUCGGCCGCUGGCCGCCAUGCUGUCUGUGGGCAUUGCUCUGGCUGCCUUGGGCUCGCUUUUGCUGCUGGGCCUGCUGCUGUAUCAAGUGAGCGUGAGCGGACACUGCCCCUCCAUCUGUAUGGCCACUCCCUCCACCCACAGUGGCCAUGGCGGCCACGGCAGCAUCUUCAGCAUCUCAGGACAGUUGUCUGCUGGCCAGCGUCACGAGACCACAUCCAGCAUCGCCAGCCUCAUCUGACGGAGCCAGAGCCGCCCUUCUUCCCACACCGGCCUCAGCGUCCCCAGAGCCGAGCCAGGGUGUGAGUGCAUGUGGACAUUGAGUAUACAUGAGUGCGUGUAUGCCCCCAGGCUGGGUCAGCUCUUCUGUGGAUUGCAUGGCAUGUGAUUAAGAGCCCAUGUGUUCCCACAUAUCCGUAUCAUGUGAAAGUUAAUGCGUGCCUCCUUGGAACUGGGUGUUUGUGUCCAUGGAACUUCCUCUCUAUAUCUCAGGUCAGUAGGCGCAGAAACGCCUCAUGAUGAAGAUUCUUGAGCCCCGUUUCCAAAACCCGUCAAAUCCAAUCCUGUCCUGUAACAUCCAUCAAGGAUUUCCUUAGGGGUGACUGCUGCCCACCCAAGACUGCACCAGUGCCUGCUCAUUGAGGAGAGUAACUGCUGGCCAGGCAGAAGGAAUAUGGGCUCUGCAAUGAGACACACCUGGAGGGGACUCUCCCGUUGAGCACUAGCAGCUGGAGGAGUUGGGAGUUCGUGGCUAUCGUGGUUGUGUUCAUCGAUUGUGGGGAUGAAAUGUCAUUGUGUAUGGAAGGCGGGGCUCGUGGCUGAUGUGCAAUAAAAUGGCGGCUGCCGUUGUCAUUGUCUCCA